ACUCGACAUGUCAUUCAGACGAAUCCGCCACCUGAAACGCGAGGAAGUCAAGGCGACUCAAUUGAGUAUAAAGAAUCAGCCAACAUCUGCCUGCGAGCAGAGCGACGCUGAUGAAAACAUCAGCGCGGAGCUCCUGCAGGAACCCCGGCCGCUCGGAUCGGAUCUAUCGCUGCCCGGAGCCGGUGCACCUCUGCCAGGCGCAUCUCUGGCGCAUUUUAAACUGGAUGUGAUUCUGGAGCCAAAUCGAUUCUGGAUUUAAUCCAAGAGUGUUCUGGCGCACCUGCUACCUCCACGGAGCGCAAGAUCAUGAUCCCACCAGGAGACUGCAUGUAUGCGGGCAGGAAGAGGAGGAAGCCCGUCCAGAAACAGAAGCCGUCGUCUGCCAGUGAGAAAAGCAACCCGUCCAAGCGGCACAGGGACAGGCUCAAUGCCGAGCUGGACCGGCUGGCCAGCCUGCUGCCGUUCCCCCCAGAUGUCAUCUCCAAACUGGACAAGCUGUCCGUGCUGCGCCUGGCCGUCUCCUACCUCCGCGUCAAAAGCUUCUUCCAAGUGAGUCAAGACAAGCCCUCCAGGAAACACAUCACCAGCACAGCAUCCUCUAACCCUGAACCCAGGAAAGAUAGCCUUCCUCUGGGCACCAGCAUCAAUGAGAGCAGCCUCCUGCUGGAAUCUUUAACAGGCUUUGCUUUGGUGGUGAGCAGUGAUGGGAUGGUUUUUUAUGCUUCCUCCACCAUCGUGGACUAUCUUGGAUUCCAUCAGACUGAUGUGAUGCACCAAAACGUCUUUGACUACAUCCACAUAGACGACCGUCAGGAGUUCAGACGCCAGCUCCACUGGGCCAUGUGCCCCCCACAGGGCACCUCUGGGCAGCAGGAUAACCAAUUAGCUUCAGGAUCAAGUGAAGACUUUGUUGUGAGCAGCAUGUUUAACUCUCCAGAGGCAGGGGAAAUUUCUCCCGAGCUCUCCUGCUUUCUUAACAGAUGUUUCAUGGCCAGAGUUCGGUGUCUCUUGGACAGCACCUCUGGAUUUUUGACCAUGCAGUUUCAGGGUCGGUUAAAGUUCCUCCAUGGGCAGAAGAAGAAAUCACCCUCCGGGACACUGAUGCCUGCUCAGCUGGGUCUUUUCUGCAUAGCCGUCCCCCUCCUGCUGCCCUCCAUCACGGAGAUGAAAGUGAAAAAUAUUUUAAUGCGGGGAAAGAACAAAAGCGGGGGGAUUAUCUCUCCAACUGAGCAUGGUGAGCAUGGGGAUCACCUAAGGAGGCACUCCAUCAGUGGAGGAGUGGGUGACAUGACCGACCCUCUCCUCUUUUCUUGUCCCCACCCGGGUUCUACACAACGAAGUCAUCAUGGCUCCUGGAACCCUCUUUGCAAAGACAACCUUAAGUUCAGCCCUGAUGGCUUCUACAACCAAGAGGAGCCUCUCAAUUUCUGCAAGUCCUCUAUGACUGUCCAUAAAGGUGUCGGGUCGGGCUUAGGUGGAGGCUGGCACAGGCGACAGCACUUGGGGGCCGUCAGAGCUGCUCAGGGAGUGGGCUACAUCCCCUCGAACCGUUUAAACAGGACUGGCCAGUACGGUAAGCCCUACUGCCUUUCUCCGAGUUGCCACAGUGGCAGGGGUGCAGAUGUGUUUGUCUCGAAGCUGUACGGAUCAUCGGACCCCGAUGCUUACUGCGUAGACCUGGUGAAGAGCGAGAACGACUUCGGGGAAUGCUAUGAAGGCCACAUGAUGCCAGAAAUGCCACCUAUUAAAAUAGAGCAUGACUCAGACUCUGAGAAUGGAUGCGACGCAUACGGGCAAACGUGGGGCUGUCGCAACCAAAUGGCCAUGGACCGCCGCUACGGAAACGGGGUGUACGACUCCAACGCUGGUUUGCAGCUUAAAUCAGAAACUGAUUACUACGACCCACAGUACUCCCCUUGUCAGCGAGGAAAAGCAGGAAUCAGCCCCUCAUACAAUAAUGGCAACUACCCCAACUAUGCAGUCAACAAUGGCACCCGUCUGUUAAAAUGUGACAAAGACUUGGUCGGGAACAGUGAUUCCAACCAGUUCAGCCCCCAGAGACUCUCCCACUCAGACUCUCUAUGCAGCAACCAAUCGGUCAACCUCAUGAAUUCAAACCUCUACCCUCAAAAGGCCUACAUGCACAUGGACUAUAACAAGCAUGGCGAUUAUGAGUUCAAAGGUCACGGCCUGAUCCAUUCAAUCAAACGGGAGCCAGUGGACUCCCCCCCUUGGUCUGAGAACGGCCAUGAAAUGAACCAGUCCAUGAUGGGCGGCUCCAGGAACGUUAUGCCAUGUGUGAUGAGCACAGGCCACCAUAAGUCCAGUCCCUACAUCUACAUGCAGUGAGAGUGCAUUAGCAACACGUGAACACAUCGGCAGAUACCCGUCUGCCCAACCCCCCUUCUUCACACGCACAAUUACGCAAAACCACAAACAGAUCAGUGUGUAUGAAAUUCUUUUCCUCUGAUGUUUCACUAGUACCAGCAUUACAGACAACGGUUACCGUGACUGCCAGGACGUCACAUAUUGUUUCUAUUUUUUAUGAAAAGGUCUCAGGUUCAGGCAUCAGUGUUGUGACAAUCAGAAAUUUGACUUUCCAACCAGAAGAUGUUACUUUUUAAAAGGUACAGAUUUUGGAUUUUAAGCACUUUUGGAUUUAGAGACAUGGAGAAAAAUAAUAGUUGUUUAGAUGAUGUGUAGAAUCACAUCUUUCUUUAGUUUUGUAUUGUUGUUGCACCAAGCUUUUGCAGGGGAAAUUUUAUUUUUCUAAACUUUGUACACAGGAGAAAGCUCACAUCUACUGACAAAUUAAUUCACCAUCAGGAUUAGGAGAAUGCACUUCAAAGGCACUGAAAAAAUUGACUUUUGAAUAUUUUUUGUGAUGUUUCCCAAAAAGUAAAUGUAGAUGCAGUUUGAAAUAUAGUUAAAAAUGUAGGGUUUUCAUGAAAAAAAUAAAAUAAAAUGAUAUUUCUUUAAAAAUAUAUAUUUUUUAAGUAUUUUCUUUUAUUCACCCUUUCAACAGUUUGUCCCUUCAUGCUUUCAUUUUCUACCCAUGUGAUCAAUUAUUACCGUUUAUUCUCCUUUGUAGUUAAGUAUAUGUACAGUUGCAAGAUUAAAAAAUCAAAACAGCCUCGAUAAGCAUUACUUAAAUUAAUUGUACAUUAUUAAGAUUUCACCCUGUUGUAGUUUUGAUCAUCAUUUGAGCCAAUAGGAUCCUGUUAAAUAAGGAAAGUUAGUUCACCUGACAAAAAUCUGC